AUGGAUGACAUUGACAAAUGUCAUAUUGUUGCAAAUACUGAAGCAGAUGUGCGAGGAGUGAUAAAGCACAUAAUAAAAGGGAAAGAGGACAUUGAAUCGACCGUCAUGGACGGAAGUGAAGUUCGUAAAGAAAAUACAGCAGCAGGUGUGCGAGAAGUGAUAGCACACACAAUAAAAGGGAAAGAGGACAUUGAAUCUACCGUACUGGACGGAAGUGACGUUCUUUGUGCAAAUACUGAAGCAGGUGUGCGAGAAGUGAUAGCACACACAAUAAAAGGGAAAGAGGACAUUGAAUCGACCGUACUGGACGGAAGUGACGUUCUUUGUGCAAAUACUGAAGCAGGUGUGCGAGAAGUGAUAGCACACACAAUAAAAGGGAAAGAGGACAUUGAAUCGACCGUAAUGGAAGCAAGUGAAGUUCUUAAAGAAAAUGCUGAGGCAGGUGUGCGAGAAGUCAUAGCACACAUUAGAAAAGGGAAAGAGGACAUUAAAUCGACCGUCAUGGACGGAAGUGACGUUCUUAAUGCAAAUACUGAAGCAGGUGUGCGCGAAGUGAUAGCACACAUAAUAAAAGGAAAACAGGACAUUGAAUCGACCGUACUGGACGGAGGUGACGUUCUAAAUGCAAAUACUGAGGCGUGUGUGCGGGAAGUGAUAGCACACACACUAAAAGGGAAAGAGGACAUUGAAUUGACCGUACUGGACGGAAGUGACGUCAUUAAUGCAAAUACUGAAGCAGGUGUGCGAGAAGUGAUAGCACACACAAUAAAAGGUAAAAAGGACAUUGAAUCGACUGUCAUGGACGUAAGUGGCGUUCUUAAUGCAAAUACUGAAGCAGGUGUGCGCGAAGUGAUAGCACACAUAAUAAAAGGGAAAGAGGACAUUGAAUCGACCGUACUGGACGGAGGUGACGUUCUAAAUGCAAAUACUGAGGCGUGUGUUCGGGAAGUGAUAGCACACACAAUAAAAGGGAAAGAGGACAUUGAAUCGACCGUACUGGACGGAAGUGACGUCAUUAAUGCAAAUACUGAAGCAGGUGUGCGAGAAGUGAUAGCACACAUAAUUAAAGGGAAAGAGGAAAUUGAAUCAACCGUACUAGACGGAAGUGAUGUCCUCAAUGCAAAUACUGACGCAGGUGUGCGAGAAGUGAUAGCACACACAAUAAAAGGUAAAAAGGACAUUGAAACGACCGUACUGGACGGAAGUGACGCCCUUAAUGCAAAUACUGAAGCAGGUGUGCGAGAAGUGAUAGCAUACACAAUUAAAGGGAAAAGGGACAUUGAAUCGAGCGUAAUGGACGGCAGAGAAGAACUUUCUGCUCUAGUUGACGUUGCAAGAAGAGAAAUUCAAGAUUCCAAGAAAAAGAUGGAUGAAGGGAAUUACGAAUCGCAAUGCAAAGAACUAAUCGAAGGUAUGAAAAAACUGUACAACAACAAAUUAAAUUACGUGACAGUAUCUCCAUUGGAUGACUACAGCGAUGAAAAAUUACGAGAUGUUUAUAUGCCGCCAAAGAUUUUGGAAAUGUGUAAGGAAAUAAAGACGUUUAAGAAAACAGAAAAACAAGUUAAAACGUACAAGGGUGUGUUUUUAACAGAUAACUCAGUUAACCCACGCAUAUUUAUUCAAGGUGAGGCAGGGUCUGGCAAAACAACAUUCUUAGCAAAACUGGCCCUGGACUGGUGUGAAGGAGUUCAUGGUUCUAUUGCAUCGGAUAACAGCGCACCUAUCUUUGCUGAUUUAGACGCACUGCAAUGCUAUGAGUUCGUGUUUCAUAUUACAUUGAGAAAUUCGGUAAACCAGUUUGACGUUUAUACUAUGAUUGAAAAACAAAUAAUGGACUCGAUCUACUCCCCAACAGACCGUGAGAAAGCGUACGAACUAGUGAGUGAGAUCAUGAAACAUCAACGCUGCUUGGUACUACUUGAUGGUCUAGAUGAGUGGACAGGACCUGGAGAUCAGCACAACCUACCGACAUUGGUAGUAGAUCACAUCAAAUGUGUGAUGCUUAUUUCAACACGACCUUGGAAAUUGGCUGAUGGUAAAGUUAAACAUUCAGACAUCGACGCAUUGUUUCAACUGGAAGGAAUAAACGAGCCGUUGGAGCUAAGCAAAACUAUACUAAGUCGUUUAGUAGAUAAGGAAGAACUUGAAAUAACAUACUCAGCAUUUACUCUUUACGUAGAGAAACAGAAGCUCAGAGAAUUAUUGUCAUCACCCAUGAUGCUCUCUGCAAUUGUGUGCUCAUAUGCAGACGGAAUAGAACUUAAAGGCUCUAAGUGUGAUAUAUACAUCCUCUUAGUGGAAAGUCUUUUUAAGAAAGCCAACAGUAAUAAGAGUACAUUUACACAUCCCCCCUUUCCUUUAUUCACACGGACUGAACACAUACAGCCAAAUGUGGAAAACCUGAAUCGUCUUGCUGAAAUGGCCUUUCAUUUGUUGUUUGUAAAUGAAAGGGAAAAUGCAAUAGUGUUUAGCAUUAAAGAAUUAAAGAAAUUCAAGAUUGAUGAAAUCAAGGACUUUGCAUUAAAAUCCGGAAUUUUAUCGGCGCAACGAACUGCAUCUGCACUGCGAUCAUCGUCAUCAUUUAUGUUUAUCCACUUGAGCAUGCAGGAAUUCCUAGCUGCUUAUCAUAUCGCCCGCAAUGCGAAUCUUAUUGAUGGUAUUAUUUCUAUCUACCUUAACCGUCACCCGAAAGCCUAUCUCGACAUAUCACAGGUGUUUAUAUUCCUGUGUGGACUGGAUGUAUCAUGUGCGGAAAGGCUAUCAAGCAUGACAGAUGAACGAGAUGCUUCUAAUACUACUACUAGUACAUCCCGUUAUUCAAGUCACGCAAUGUUUAAUAGAACCAUACUGGAAGGAUGUAGAGAAGCUAAUGCAAACGGAUAUUCCGACAUUGCCCUUAAACUCAGUCACUUCUACUUCGAUAACAACAAUAUCAUUGACCUUCAUAAGAUUUGGGAAAAUAACGCGGCUAAUGCCAUUGUGUUGCAUGUUCACAUCGAUGACAUGAAACCCUUAGAAAACCAACGAAUUUCACCUGGAAAUGACGAGUGUGCAUCUCAGAUUACAUUUGACCUUCAUUCGUGCCUGGAGCUGACACAUUUAGAGCUAAGUGGACGUUGCAUAUUGGGAAAAGAUUCUGCCAGUGUGGGCACAUUGGAAUUUCCGGUCUGCAUUAUUCUAAAUAUUGCCGAUCCAACCCAGUGCACAGAGCUUCCCCCUGUACUUCCCUCCAUCGAAGACAUUGACUUGACCCGUGUCACAUGUUCCUGUACCUGGCUACGCAGUCUGCUUAGCAUGAUGCUGACAAAAAUUGUAAUAUGA